GAGAGAGAGAGAGAGAGAGAGAGAGAGAGAGAGAGAGAGAGAGAGAGAGAGAGAGAGAUGGGUAGGUCUUGUUUAGCCUCAUUUUUAUUGUUGUUUGCGGGAGCAGUGAUGGUGGGUGUGGCUUAUGGAGAAGGUAAGCAGCACGAUUAUGGGGAUGCCUUGGCGAAGAGCAUUUUAUUUUUUGAAGGCCAACGUUCCGGACAGUUACCUUCUACGCAACGGAUGAAAUGGAGGAAAAACUCUGCUCUUCAAGAUGGUUCUGACAAAAGAGUGAAUUUGGUGGGAGGAUACUAUGAUGCUGGUGACAAUGUGAAGUAUAAUUUUCCAAUGGCAUUCUCAACAACAAUGUUGGCUUGGAGUGUCGUAGAGUUUGGGGAGUUCAUGGGCGUGGAACUUGAACAUGCAAAGGAGGCAGUUCGUUGGGGAACAGACUACUUGCUUAAAUCCACAGACACCCCAGGAAUUGUCUUUGUUCAAGUAGGGGAUCCUUAUGCGGAUCAUAACUGCUGGGAAAGGCCUGAGGACAUGGACACUCCUCGAACCGUCUAUGCGGUUACCCCAAAACUUCCUGGUUCAGAGGUCGCAGCUGAGACAGCUGCUGCACUUGCAUCUUCUUCAAUAGUCUUUAGAUCAUCUGAUCCUUCCUACUCUCAAAAGCUUCUCAGAAGGGCCAUGGAGGUUUUCGAUUUUGCAGACAAGUACAGGGGAUCUUACAGUACUAGCCUUGGGCGAUGGGUUUGUCCUUUCUAUUGUGAUUGGAGUGGCUAUGAGGAUGAAUUGCUCUGGGGAGCUGCAUGGUUAUACAAGGCUUCUAGCAACAAAAAAUACUGGAACUAUUUGGUAGAUAACAUAUCCAUUAUGGGAUCCAAACAUAGAAAGAGUACAAAUAAUCAGAUCAAGAUGAAAGGUCCUACUUCAGGUGAAUUCGGAUGGGAUAACAAAGAUGCUGGCAUCAAUAUCCUCAUAGCCAAUAGUUCACCGUUGGAUAACGGUGAUUCCCUCGUCAAAGCAACCAAUUUGAAUGCUGAUCAAUUCAUCUGCGGAGUACUCCCAGAAUCACCUACGAGAACAGUCACUUACUCAAAAGGUGGGCUUCUAUUCAAACCAGGAGGGUGCAAUCUGCAGCACACAACUGCCAUUUCAUUUCUCCUCCUUGCUUAUGCUACUCAAUUGAAGCGCACCAAUGAUGUCGUCAAGUGUGGCAAUAACAUCAUUGCAAAUUCGGAACGGCUCAUAACACUUGCAAAAACCCAGGUGGAUUACAUGCUAGGUAACAAUCCAAUGAAGAUGUCAUACAUGGUGGGAUAUGGGAAGAAAUUUCCUUUGAAGAUACAUCACCGAGGUUCUGCUCUACCAUCAAUGGAUCAACAUCCAGGUCACAUCGCCUGCAAAGAUGGGACUCCAUACUUCGUGAGCAAGAAAUCUAAUCCCAAUUUGUUGAUAGGAGCUGUAAUUGGAGGACCUUACCCCAAUGAUACAUACCCUGAUUCUCGAUUUUUGCCUGCACAAUCAGAGCCCACCACAUACGUUAAUGCUCCUCUUGUGGGUGUCUUAGCCUUCUUCAAAGCUCACACAUAAAUGUAAUGGAUUAGCGAGCUUUAUCGGCUGAUGUAUGCAUCUUGAAUAAUAGUCAAAUGUUAUGGGAAUUUUUUUCAACUUCUUA